AUGGUUGUACACAAUGAUUCACUCAUGUGGGUGCUUGGGGCUGGAUCCAUCUUCACCAAGUGGACUCCUCAAUCGCUGCGCCCUCCAGCGGUGGACGUUGAGCGCUCAGCUCCGCCCAAUCCCCGCCGUAACUCGGUGAAAGUGAAACUCGGGCGGAACGGAAGCUACUGGUUCGUGCUGUUGGGUUUACAACGAGAGAGACUCGGGCCCGGGUUAGCGAAGACAGAGAGACACCAUGAGCCGGAACAAGGUGACCUAAUUGUGUCGAUGAAUUCAGGAACUGUGAAAGCCACCGUAGAUAAAGAUAUUGUUCUGAAGUGCCAAGUUUCUGGCUACAAUAAAGAUAUUGACCUUAAAAGCAUGGGAGUUCAGUGGUUCUACCAAAAAUCUGGUUCUCCAGAUUCACAGAGACGAGAGAUAUAUCAAUUUGUUGGUGGCAAACAUACACCAUACAGAGAAGGAGCUAGAAUUAUUGAUGCUCAGUUGAAGAAAGGAAUUGCUUCCCUUUUUCUUCCAAGAGUCCAGUUUGAUGAUGAAGGAGAUUACACUUGUGUUGUUUUUAUAACCCCAGACAAUGGAAGUGGAAAAUCUUCAAUGACUGUUUCAGCACUGCCAAAAGUAAGCUUAUCUUCAACUGCGAUCACAAUUGAACUUGGUACGGAGAAAUCAGUGAAAUGUGACAGUGUUGAUUUUUAUCCUGUCUCAAUUGAGAUGGGUUGGAUACAGAAAACAAAAAAUGAGGAACAAAUGCUUUCACAACACAUCUGCACAGGAUCCCCAGUUCAACAUCAAAAUGGAACCUACAGUGUUUCCAGCCGACUGAGGUUGCACCCAACGCUGGAAGACAAUGGCAAUAUUUAUAUCUGCUAUGUCAAACACCCAUCGCUUAAUAAAGACUUAAAAUUGGAAGCCCAGCUGACUGUCAAAGAGCCAGAAGUUGUUGUACCAGUUGGGAUAAUAACUGGAUGUGUCAUCGCUAGCAUAUUGGCAUGUACAGCAAUUACGGGCAUUGGAUUUUUUGUGUACUUCAAGUACCUUAAAAAAGUUCCUCCAAAAGUUUCUGAUAUCAGCCAACCUCCAAGACUUAUACAUUUGCAAGAGGCUCUUCUGAAUUGUCAGAUUUCUGGAUAUAGGCCUGAGAACGUUUCUAUUAGUUGGUUGCUACAAAGAAGAGAUGAUAGGGCACCAAAGGAAAUUUAUUCAUGGAGCCCUACACCUCAGACCCUACAGGAUUCAGGAGGAGAUGAGCAGAAGGAACUUAUUUCAAACUGUACAUAUCAAACUGAAGAAGAGGAAAAAUCCUUCAAAUUUAAGGUGCCAACUGUUAAAUGCAACAAUGAUGGUAGCUCCAGUGUGAAUUGUGAAGUUUUGUUCUGGCCUGAUAUUGAAACUGAUAAUGGAGCUGUCCUCCAGAUUCAAGUCCACCAUAGCGCUCUCAAUAUGCCUAUAAUUAGGAAGACUUGUCUGAAAGUUGAAGGUGUUGAACCAAGAAUGACUGAUCCAGUGAUACCAGGAUGUAUUAUUCAUGAAGAAGUGCUUGCUGUGACUUGCCCAAUCAAUGGAUUUAAACCUAGACCACUGGCUAUCAACUGGUACAAAGAAAAGAACUCAAUAAAAAAAAAGAUUGGGAUGGUUCAACCAGAAGGAACAGGGUUCAUUGAAAUAACAGAACCAGGGCAACACAAGUAUACCCACAGUAUAACUGAGCUGAAAUAUGAAGACCAUACGCAUACUGUUGCCAGUGCUUUGUAUUUUAUACCAACUAUUAAUGACGAUCAUGAAGCAGUAUAUAUUUGUGAAGUAAUACAUCCUGCCACAGAUACAAUAUUAUAUAAAACAAUUAAGCUAAAUAUAACAGCUAUCCCAAAAUAUAAUAAUAUAAAACUGUCACCAGAAGUUCCAAUUGUUGACGAACAAACAACUGCAUCUUGUCGAAUAUAUUCAUUUUUUCCAGAAGACAUUAAAGUUAUCUGGAAAAAGAAUGAUAUGGUAUUAAAGGAAAUGAAUGCUGAUAACGAAGCAAACAAUGGAAAGGAUGGCCUUUAUUAUUUCACAAGUCGUUUUAAAUUCAUUCCUGACAGAGAAGACUUGGGGAAGACAUUAACUUGUGAAUUCCAGCAUAGAAGUAUCACAGGAUCCAAAAAAACUGAAUAUGUACUGAAUCAGUUAGUAUCUCCACCAUUAGUAAGAUACAUAAGAAGUGAACCACUUUUCCCAGAGGCAGGAAAAGAAGCAACCAUCAUUUGUCAUGCGUAUGGCUUCUUUCCAAAGGAAACAAUGUUCAUGUGGUUCAGAAAUAAUGAGAGAACUGAUGAUGCAGGAAUCACUUCUACUGAACCCCAGAAAGAUGAACAAACUGGCUUCUUCUACUGUGAAAGUCGAUGGAAAUUGUUAAUUAAGCAAGAAUAUCACCAGAUGGAAUUCAAAGUUGAGGUUUUACAUUUCCCAACUUCUCACAAGCCUUCAAGAUCUAGUUUUAUCCUUCAUCUCGGAGGAAUUCCAGUAGUUUCUGACAUCGUUCUGGAGCCAGAAGUUCCAUCCUAUGGACAGCGCCUUGUUCUUAAAUGCCAAGUAAAAAAUUUUUCUGGAAAUGAAUUGUCUGCCAGAUGGCGAAUGAAUAACAAGUAUGUCUCCAGUGGAGUCACAACCACAGAGCCUAAGAAGGAAGAAAGUGGCUAUUAUCAGUUAGUUUCCAGCAUGGAGUUAACACCAACAGCUUUGGAUGAUAACAAGGAAAUUAUAUUUGAGGUGACACAUAAAGCUUUACCCAAACCUAUUCAAAAGCAUCUAUGUUUGAAGCUUCCAGGUUCUCCUCCCACUCUGUCGGAAAUCAAAUGUAACCCAACGCAACCAGAGAAAAACAAAGUGGCAACUUUUACCGUUGAACUGACUGAUUAUGCACCUCAAGGAAUUGAAAUUAGGUGGUUUGCAGGAAAGCAGCCCUUCAUAGGUCCAGUGGCUCAUACUAAGCCUGAAGUUAAUAAAAAUGGUCUCUUCUCAUCUGUAACAAGUAUAGAACUUACACCAGAAGAAUCUGAUCAGGGCAUAGGAAUCAGCUGUGAGGUUAUUCAUCCAGAAACCCAAGAAGUGAUGGAAAAAAGUAUGCAUCUGGUUUUUUAAGAUAAAUGUAAAGACUUCUUGCAUCUGUUUUGAACACGACGAAUUUAGAUGAUGCAAGUUUUACUUUAACUUGUUUGCACACAACUGGCAUUUACCAUUCUGCUUUAAACACUCAUUUUGUAUAUCUGGUAAAUAUUAAAACAAAAACAAAAUCCA